CUUUAGAAUAUAAUAUUACAAUGAAAGAUGACAUUUUUUCUUCAGUCUUUGCUCUUCUUCUUCUUCUUCUUCUUCUUCUUCUUCUUCACACUUGUUGUCAAUCCCACAUCACUUCCAUUGAUCUCCAAGUCCAACCAAGCUCUCUCCUUCUUCUUCUUUCAUGACAUGAGCUUUCAUUUUUACUUGCUUUCUCUGGUUUGAUUUUAUUUCAUGCAGCAAAAGUCCUACUUGGAUUUUGCUGGCUGGUUUUGAAAUGGAGGAGGUGGUGAAAAUCCAUAGAGAUGCUGUUUUCAGCUGCCAUGGAGUUCUGGACAAGAUUUCUCAGUCUCAGAAUCAAGCUUUGUGUGGAACUCUAAUGGCUGAAACCAGAGAAGUUGUUUCCAAAUUCAAGAAAUUGGGUUCAAUGCUUGACAACACUGUUGGGCAUGCAAGGUUCAGGAAGCUCAAAGAAGCACCUUUUCCUUUGAAAAUGAAGCAUAACAUCUUCUUAGGUAAUCAAACAGACCUCUUUCCCAAGUUUGAUGCACAAUUUCUAAAGGAAAAGCAGCUGAACAAGUGUCAAGUUGACAUGAAUGGUGUCAAUCUUAAGCUCUGCAGCACCUCCAUGACAUCUGCUAAGUCUUUGCUGUCUUCAUUGAGUGUGGAAAAUCAUAGUUUUGGUGGUUUGAACAUGAAAAGUUUCAGCUUGAAUAAUUUAACUCAUAAAAAGAAGUGUUCUAGCAGAGGGGAUGUUGGAAGUAUCAACUGCCAUUGCUUUAAGAAAAGGAAGUUGAAGAUGAGGAGGUCUAUUAAAGUGCCUGCUAUAAGUCACAGGCUUGCUGAUAUUCCUCCUGAUGAAUAUUCAUGGAGGAAGUAUGGACAGAAGCCAAUCAAAGGUUCUCCCCAUCCAAGGGGAUACUACAAAUGCAGCAUUGUGAGAGGCUGCACUGCAAGGAAGCAUGUGGAGAGGUGUUUAGAAGAUCCUUCAAUGCUUAUAGUGACUUAUGAAGGGGAGCACAGUCACACCAAAUCACUAACUCAAUCUGCACAUCCAUGAACUGCUUCCUCCGGAAACCAUAUAUUAUCGGCAACUGGUUCAUGUGAUCGUAUCCGGUCCUCAUUCAUAACUUGCUAAGCUGCUGCAUUUAUGCUUGAGUAUCGGUUUCGCGAUUAAGAAAUCUGUUGAUGGAGCAAGUGCUGAUAUGUUAUGGUAUCAUAAUUCUGAAUGGAAGAAGCAAAGAACUCUUAACAAUUGUGUCUUGGGAUAUGAAUGUAAUAUCUUGGCAUUGAACUGGUAAAAGGGUGCAUGUUUAAAGGUUUGUUUAAAUCUAACAAGUGUGUUACAUUUGAGAGUACAAUGUUGUUUCAAAAUGUAUUAUCUUUGUGACCUUGUUUUGGUCUUGAAAUUAUGCUUCAAGUUUCAAUUU